CCCGAGAUCUUCCUCUUUUAUUCGAGGCCCGCUUUGCAUCAACUUUCCUCGCUCGUCCCCCAACCCCAACCCCGACGUCCAAGUCGACGUCCACUUUCUAUAUAUUGGAAAUAUUGACUCAUUUCUCUUUCACUCCAACCUUCCCUAUCGUCCGCCAGGGUGUCCUUGAACGCGACCCCCGAAGCCCGUCCUCAAAGGCUUCGUCCUCCCAACAUUCUGCGAUUCCACGAUUCCACCUCCACCUCAGAUCCACUCCUAUAUCUAGUCUCACGGGUCAUGUAAAGGAGCAUAUCAUCAACGCGAUUCGGAUCAUCAACAAACAUUGCUCAUUUCUCCCACGAUUCUCAGUGUACAGUGCUUCGUUUCAAAGAACUUUGGAGCCGACUAGUCAAGGAAAACCUUCUGGAGAAUCAGCAUGGUUUUACUAACGCUCGCUUUGGUUUCGUGUUCGAUUGUGCUAGCUGUAAUUUACGUCGUUAAAAACUUGAAAACUUCGCCGCAAUUGAAGUCGCUUUUGAUCAACUCGGAAUGGAAGCUUUUGGAACUUCCGCCGGGACCGCGCCCGCUCCCAAUUUUGGGUAACAUGCACUUGCUCGGCAAGUACGAGGUCCCUUUUCAAGCCUUCAACGACUUGAAAGAAAUCUACGGGGAUAUCUUUCAACUCACCUUGGGCUCCUUUCAGUGCAUCGUCGUCAAUAACUACCAACUCAUCAAAGAGGUUCUCAUCACCAAAGGAGCCAUCUUCGGCGGCAGACCGGACUUCAAACGCUUCCAUAAACUAUUCGGCGAUGACCGAAGUAACUCUUUGGCAUUCUGCGACUGGUCCUACGUGCAAGAAACACGACGAAAACUGGCCCGACGCUUCUGCUCGCCGAAGACAGCCUCGAAGAAUUGCGACCUGCUCUACACCGUAGGCUUCCACGAGGCCCAACUCUUCCUGGACGAGCUCAACCACGAGCUGGAGGAGAGCCCCGUCGUGGACAUCAAGCCCCUGGUGAUGCGCGCCUGCGCCAACAUGUUCACGCAGUACAUGUGCAGCAAGCGCUUCGCCUACCAGGACAAGGACUUCCAACGGAUGGUGCGGAACUUCGACGAGAUCUUCUGGGACGUGAACCACGGCUACGCGGUGGACUUCCUCCCGUGGCUCCUGCCGCUCUACAAGGGGCACAUGUCCAAGCUCUCCGGCUGGGCUCAGGACAUCCGCGAGUUCCUCUUGGCCAACAUCGUCGACGAGCGGGCGGCCAGGAUCAACGCGACCAAGGACCCGGAGGCCGAGGACUUCACCGACGCGCUUCUCAUCCACCUGAAGGAGGACCCGGUCCUCACUUGGGAGCACGUCAUGUUCGAGCUGGAGGACUUCAUCGGCGGCCACUCUGCCGUCGGGAAUCUCGUCAUGCUCUGCCUUGUGAAUAUUAUCAAACACGAGGAGGUUGCCGCCAAAAUCCGUAGCGAGCUCGACCGAGUCACCGGGAGAUCCAGGAACGUGGACCUUUUCGAUAAACCGCGGCUGCCGUACACCGAGGCCACUAUUUUUGAGACCCUCCGCGUGGCGUCGUCUCCGAUCGUGCCGCACGUCGCCACCGAGGACACUGAGCUUGCUGGUUACGCAGUGCCGAAAAAUACGGUGGUCUUUGUGAAUAAUCUGGACUUCAACCUAAGCGAGGAGUAUUGGGAGGAUGCAGCCGCUUUCAAACCAGAGAGGUUCAUCAACGAUAAAGGAGAGGUGGUGAAACCAGCUCACUUCAUUCCGUUCAGCACGGGCAAACGCACUUGUAUCGGACAAAAGUUGGUCUUGGGCUUUAGCUUCAUUCUCCUAGCCUCGAUCGUUCAGCACUUCGACAUCGGGCCAUCUCCAACGAGACCUCCGAAGGCUAUCCCCGGCAUGGUAGCCCUCCCUCCCGAGACAUUCUCUCUCACGUUCGUGCCAAGGAGUGGUGCUCAGUCAAACUAAGGACCAUCCAACUCAUUGACGUGUACAAUAAUUUUUCCAAAAAGGAUCGUUUCCCAGCAGAUUGAACCAACACAUACGUUCUUUUAGGACCAAAAGAAAAUUCAAUUUAUGUUCGUGACGAAGUGGUCUCGAUCCCACGAUUUUUCGAAAUGUAAGUUGGCUCUCUUUGCAGAAUGCGGUUUUCAGGAGUUAUGUUUUAAGGCGUAUGAACGUUUUGUUUGACUGCUGCCAAAGAUGCGUGCACUUUGUAUUAUAUGCGCAAUACGCAUGCAGAUUGAACGCUAGUCGUGAAAAGCCUUCCUCCAGAUACCCACUGGGGUAGAAUCACGAAGAAGGGUUUGGCGAGAUACCUAUAAAGCACUUUCACCCAAAUCUCAUAUAGCGUUAAAUGUUAGUCGCCACCCGGGCACAUUGUUUCGAGAUUUAAAUUAAAGGAAGGAUCUCUUUUUCUAAUUUCUGUUGAUUUUUCGACCGUAGUAAUCAGCCAAUCAUUUGUUUCGUUAUUUGCGUUUUUUGUUAAAUUCUUAUUUAUAUGAUUGUUUCGAGGUCUAUAAGAAUUAUUAUGUGCUGCUGUGUACCGAGCUGUUCAUUUCAACGGUUAAACGUUUGUCUUAAGAGGGCGAGAAACGAAUUAUUUUUAAUGCUUUUAGAACUUCAAUCAUCUAUCGUGUAACGCCUAAAAAUGAUCUAGCGAAAUUCCUCGCGAACAGAGAAAAUGCGGUUGCGAAACUUCUCUCUGGUUUAACCUUCUAAUUUCCAGAAAAAUUUAAAGGUGGGUGCCCGCAGACCAACGAACUACAUCCGUCAACAUGUUUUUGUGAUUCGCGACAGGUCUUGUUUACUUUGCCACAAGGUGACAGGUGAGAGUCAGCCGCCACGGAUUAGGUGCUCAAGAAAGUCGCAUUUUUCUUCUUCUUUCUUCUUCAUCAGUGUGUAAAAGUUAAAUCUAGUCAACCGAAGGGAAUCUUCAAAGACGGCAGCGCCGCGGCGCGAAUAUUUCAUUGCUAGAAUCUUGUGAAGAUCUUAUAAUGUUCCUUGGGUUUCUCAUAUACUUAUUGAAAAAAAAAAAAAAUGAUGCUGUUCGGAGUAGAUGGCGAUAUCCAGUGCGACCAUGUAAUAUAGAAUAAUCGGAGCAGGUCAUUAAUAAUUUGAUGAAACUUUUGGAGCUAAGUCAGUAGCAAGUGAAUAAAAUGGAAAAAAUAGGAGGAACAAAAAACUCGAGGCGAAAUACCGACGUUGAUGUAUAUUCAAAUUAGGUCUGAUAAAUGGGUUCUCCUCCCCUUGGUCCUCGCAUUUUCGAUAAAUUUUCGGAUAUUUUUUUUUUCGGGAGCCAAACAAUGUGGAUAAUGAAGUUCCUACACUGUCAACGUGUGGUUUUACCUGGGGUUUGCACCAUUGCCACGCUGGAAGAGGAAAAUGUAAUAUUGAAGUCAUGUAUGGGAGUAACGGGCAUAUUGAGGAUCCGUGAUUCAAUCUGACAACGCUGAUAUCCUAAUCGGGGGGAAGGUUUUUGAAUGAGGUUUGCCCCGAUUCAGCACUUAUCGAUCCGAAAUUGAUCGACAAUCAACCUUGGAAGCGGCAUCAAAUUAAUUAACCCUUUCAUUGUAAGAUUCGUCUUGGAUGGUCCUCGGUCUGUUGCUAGGGGCGACUCGUUGGCCACGUCUCGGCCAAUAGCAAUCUCCAUGCAGUGCUUGAAAUCAGUUGCUCAGCUCCUAAGUUCCUCUUGCCCCCUCCCUUUAAUCAUCAUCAUUUUCUGUGUUGCCAACUCUUCGAAAGAGUUUCCGUACACAGGCAAUCAUCCCUCUUGCCCACUUCGGAAACUGAGGAGAAUGCUUGAUGCCUAUCGAAAAAUAUAUUAUCUGACAUUUUUAAAAUCCUAUUACUUCCUUUCAAUUUGUAUUAAAUUUUUAUUUUAUUGUUAAAUUAUUAUGCCAUUCAAUAGAUUUUGUAAUGCUUCUUUGAGAAGAGGAAUUGUAAUAUGUAAGCCUAAUUGCUAGGCCAUAACUUUUGAAAAAGUGUAGGUAUUUAAAUAAGAAUUGCUCAUAUCAUUCGAAUGAACGGGAAAAAUCUUGAUAAUAAGUGCACUCUCAAACGUUUAUCGUAAUAUAGUUAAAGCAGGAUAAUUAGAGUGAGUUAAUGUUUCUUUUUUUUUCGUAGAUUAAUGUAUCUUAAUUGCCUAAGCGAUAUUGUGAUAUAGUUUUUAGUUUGAAUUUCAUUCGGCGACGUAUUUAUUAAGUUGAUUAUAUCGAAACUCCUCAAUUUCUAUAAUUUAUCGUUGGCCAGAUGUUGUGUCUACUCACUUUCCGAUUCGAUUUUUCUUAAUUAAUUUAUUCGGUAACAACCAUUCUGUCAGUAGUUUUGCUGUCUACCGUUGGGAAAUAGAAAGUAGUGAAUUAAGACUGCCUUAAAUUUUUGCCCACCGACAUAAUUUUCGCCUGCCUAAUUAUUUCUGCAAUUUUAUGUUAAUGAUCCGCUUCUAGAAUAAGUGACUCUAAUCAUCUCAGUAUUGAUUAUUUACUCAUCAAAUUUUUGAUUCAUUAAUUGAAUUUGAAUGUCUCGUCCAUUUAGACCUAAUUACUUGAUUUUUUUUUUUUU